AUGACCAACGCUCUGAUAGAGGCUCUGGAGCAUGCCAGCAGCAAAUCCAGCGACGAUGAGGGAGAAUCACUAUCAACCUUUUUGGCCUCACUGGGGACCAGUAUUGCCAUCUUUGCUGUUGAACUGUUUGUCUUUUUGGCACUCAAAGAUAAGUUGACUCGCAUUUAUCAACCACGAACCUAUCUGGUCCCGGAUCGGGAGCGUAUGAAUCCAGCACCAUCAGGUCUCUUUCGCUGGAUUAGUCCCGUGUUUCAAACAUCCGAUGCCGACCUUAUUCAGAGAAGUGGAUUAGACACCUAUUUCUUCUUACGGUAUCUACGCAUGUUGCUGAAAAUUUUUAUCCCGUUGACUUUUCUCCUGGUUCCGGUCCUGGUCCCAAUCAAUCGGGUUGGAGGAAAGGGCACGACAAGUUACGUUGUCGAGAGUGGUAAUGUGUCUCAUUAUACUGUGACCGGCUUGGAUCAGCUGGCCUGGGGAAAUAUCAAACCCACCCAAACCCAUCGCUACUGGGCCCACUUGAUUAUGGCAAUUAUCGUCGUUGUCUAUGUAUGCGCCAUCUUCUUUGACGAGCUACGAGGAUAUAUUCGCAUGCGACAGGCCUACAUGACUUCACCCCAACACCGCCUGCGUGCGUCGGCCACCACCGUGCUGGUCACGGCUAUCCCAACGGAAUGGCUAACUUUCGAUGCCCUGAAUAAUCUUUUUGAUGUCUUCCCUGGCGGUGUCAGAAACAUCUGGAUCAAUCGAAAUUUUGAUGAGCUGAACGAGAAGGUCAAAAGACGGCGUAGAGUUGCUCUCAAGCUGGAGUCUGCCGAAACCUCGUUGGUUCGCCAGUGUAAGAAAGCCUACCUGAAACAACUGAAGGCCGAGAGCAAGAAAAGCAAAAAGAACAAAAAGAGUUCCCCUGGUGACCACGAACAAGAGUUGAAGGAAGCCAAUAACCGUGCAUCUCAAAUGGCAAUGGGCCCUGGUAUAAGUUCAGGUAAUCCCCACGAGGCGCACACUUUGGCCGAAGUCCUCCAUCGACAAUCGAAGAAGAAGAAGCAACCAAUUCCAUCGAACGGUGCUUCACACAAUGUGUUCAACCCAGCGAUAGCAGCCGCUGGGGCUGUUGGUCAAGGUGUUGGGAAAUUGGGCAAGAGUUUUCUAGGUGGUCUGAAGAAGGUGGAAGGUGGAAUCGACCAUACAUUCAUACGAACGGGCGCAUUUUUUGAAUCUUCUACCGAUAAUCACGAACACGAACAACCUCGCCAAAUGACAAUCAGCGGUGCGGUCACUGAUGAACGCCCACUUAUUGCACCAGAUACACCCGCAAUGGAUAUGAAUCAGCAUCAGUCUAUCGAGUCGGCGGUCGAGAAGGAGAAACAGGAACCCGAACAACAGAGCUCCGAAGAAGAUGAGGGAGCUGAUGAGGACGAAUAUCCAAUCGCCUACAAUGAAGACUUUGAAAAAUUGCAAGAUGGUCAGCCUUUAUGGACAAAAUACAUCAAGGCCAAGGACCGAGAUACAUAUCGCCUGCCUUGGUUCAAAUGGAGCCAGUGGCCGACGAUUUGGUUGAUUGGGAGAAAAGUGGACGCCAUUGAUUAUUGUCGAAAGGAGCUCGCCCGUCUGAAUCUGGAGAUUGAACUCGAUCAACAAAACCCCGAGAAAUUUCCACUGAUGAACUCCGCAUUCAUUCAAUUCAAUCACCAAGUCGCUGCCCACAUGGCUUGUCAGUCAGUUAGUCAUCACUUGCCUAAGCAGAUGGCCCCACGAAUCGUGGAAAUCUCCCCGGACGAUGUGAUCUGGGAUAAUAUGUCUAUGAAGUGGUGGGAACGCUACGUGCGCACGUUCACUGUUCUGACGAUCAUCUGCGGGAUGGUCAUCUUUUGGGCAAUUCCUGUUGCCUUCACCGGUCUGCUGUCACAGCUGUCAUAUCUCGAAGGCUUCUCAUGGUUGUCUUGGCUGAAGAAACUACCAAGCUGGAUCAUCUCUGCUAUCCAAGGUGUUUUGCCUACAGCCUUCUUAGCUAUCCUGAUGGCCAUUCUUCCGCCCAUUCUUCGUCUUCUCUGUAGGAAGCAGGGUGUCUUCAACGGAAUGGCGGUCGAGAUGACUGUUCAAAACUACUAUUUCGCAUUUUUGUUUGUGCAGCUUUUCUUGGUUGUGACGGUCUCGUCCAGUAUUGCAUCAAUCCUUGAGGGCGCUUCUAGUUUGACUAACUGGCCGACACUACUGGCGAAUGAUGUGCCCAAAUCCAGUAAUUACUUCUUCUCAUAUAUGCUGCUUCGCGCUAUGUCUGUGAGUGCAGGUGCUCUCAUGCAGGUUGCUAGCUUGAUCAAGUGGUUUAUCCUGGCUCUUCUGGAUAAGACAGCCCGCAAGAAGUGGAAUCGAGCAACCAAUUUGAUUCAAAUCAAAUGGGGCUCAUUUUUCCCUAUAUACACCACACUGGCUGCAAUUGGUAUGAUUUAUUGUGUUGUUGCACCGUUGAUUCUUAUCUUCAAUCUCAUUACCUUCAGUGCCUUCUGGUUUGUUUAUCGCUACCGCACGCUCUAUGUCACCAAGUGUCGAUUUGAUACUGGAGGUCUACUUUUCCCUCGGGCUAUCAACCAACUAUUUACCGGUCUCUAUACAAUGGAGAUUGCUCUAAUAUUUCUGUUCUUCCUGGUUCGAGACGAAAACGACGCGGUCUCCUGUAAGGGUCAAGGUAUCGUCAUGUGCUUCAUGCUUGCAAUAACAAUCGGUUAUCAAUUCCUUCUCAACGAAGCAUUCGGGCCCUUGAUUCGGUACAUACCUGUCAGUUUGGAGGACGCUGCCAUUCGUCGGGAUGAAGAAUUUAAGCGGGCUCAGAGCACUCGGCUCAUGUCUGCUAUGGAUUCCAACCACGACGACGAUGAUGAUCAUGAGGCCAAGAAGGACCAAGGUAUCCCUCAGCCCGAUUCCUCCGAGCAGUCUCCUGGCCAGGACAUUGAGCUCAAGAGUAUGGAAGCUGGCGGUGAAGAUGAGACAGGUCAGCCGAAACCUGUGAAUAGCCGUCAUCAUUCCUGGGCGUCUCGUUCCUCAAAACGACAAUCCGAUCUUUCCUAUGGUUAUGGAGAUCACUCGGCAAACUCAUCACCGACGGCGAAUUCCAUGCGUGAGAAGAUUAUUAAAGAUACUGAGGGCCAGAAAUACUUCUCGCACAAUCUGACAAAUAUCUUCGCGGGUAUUAACGAUGAAUUGGAAGAUCUUACACCCGAUGAGCGUGAUGAGCUGGUACAACGGGCUUUCCGACAUGAAGCACUUCGUGCCAAACAACCUGUCAUUUGGAUCCCGCGUGACGAUAUCGGAGUCAGUGAUGACGAGGUCUAUCGUACACAACAAUUCAGCCAGCACAUUUGGAUCAGCAAUGAGUACCAAGCACUGGAUGAAAAAUGUAAAACGAUUUACAGUCGCCGACCGCCUGACUUUUCUGAUCUUGAGCUCAUUCAACUCUGA